AUGGAGAUAGAUGUUAAGGCUCUCAGUUUAGACCAACAGCGAGCAGUUGAAACCAUGCUGUGGGAGAAUCAGGCUGCGUUUGCCCGCCACGCCGAUGACUUUGGCUGCACGAAUGCUAUCACACAUGAUAUACCGACGGGGGACACUCCACCAAUUCGGGAGAGAUAUCGACAGAUUCCGCCCAAGUUGUACCAGGAAGUGAAGACGCUAUUGAAACAGAUGAUAGAUUCCGGAGUGGUGCGGGGAAGCCAGAGCCCUUGGGCAGCCCCAGUGGUGCUUGUCAAGAAGAAGGACGGCACUAUUCGAUUUUGUGUGGAUUACCGGCUGUUGAAUGCUUGCACUGCGCGAGACUCAUAUCCUCUGCCACGCAUCGAGGAGUCUCUGACGGCUCUAGGACGAGCCAAAUACUCCACCCUGGAUCUAGCAAGUGGGUACUGGCAAGUACCAGUGGCUGAGCAGGACAAGGCAAAGACAGCAUUCAUACUCCCCAUGGGGUUAUUUGAAUUCAACAGGAUGCCAUUCGGACUGACUAAUGCCCCUGGAACCUUCCAGCGGCUGAUGGAGAGAUGCCUGGGAGACCUGAAUUUUGAAGCCACUCUGAUAUACCUAGACGAUAUCAUCGUAUACUCUGCUACUUUUCAAGAACACUUGAAUCGGCUAGGGCAGGUACUCGAGCGACUGCGAUCCCAUGGCCUGAAGGUAAAGCCAAAGAAGUGUCAUCUCUUCAAGAGGGAGAUCGAGUACCUGGGCCAUAGGGUGUCCCAAGACGGAGUGCUACCGUCCCAAGACAAAGUGGCUGCAAUACGACAAUGGCUAGUGCCGAGAACACUGCGUGAGUUGAAGGCCUUCCUGGGACUGACUGGGUACUACCGGCGGUUCAUCAAAGACUACGCAAAAAUAGCGGGCCCUCUGAAUGAGUUGUUGAGAGGAACGGCUGGGCAACCCAAGGGCCAAAGUAUCCCCUGGGGACAGAAGCAGGAAGAGGCCUUCCAGGCCCUGAAAGAAGCCCUGACAUCGGCCCCCAUCUUGGCUUAUGCCGAUUUUGAUAAAUCAUUCAUCUUAGCUACUGAUGGCAGCCUCUACGGACUUGGGGCAGUCCUGUCGCAGGUACAAGAUGGACAUGAGAGGGUGAUCGCUUAUGCCAGUAGAUCCUUGCGAGAUACGGAGCGAAACCCCCAUAACUACAGUUCCUUCCGGCUGGAACUCCUUGCCCUGGUGUGGGCUAUGACGGAGAAAUUUGCAGGAUAUCUGACAGGAGCUAAGAUCUUCGUACGGACGGAUAACAAUCCCCUGGCCCAUCUGGGUACUGCCAAGUUGGGAGCCCUGGAGCAACGCUGGGCGGCUCGCCUCGCAAAGUAUGACUUCUCAAUUCGCUACCGCUCCGCUACAGAGAACACUAAUGCUGAUGGUCUCUGGGCCCAGCAAAGAAAUGUACCAUUACAGCAAGCUGUGAUGUUAUGCAAAGUCCCAUCCUGCUGUGAGAUGAAUCACGUCAUCUUGUGUGUAGAAAUUCGACUGGGAAUAGAAAUGGCGACCGUCAGGGAUAUCCUGCAGGAUUCCGGAGGCCAAACUUACAUGUUAAUAUAUUGUCAUACGGACUUGGGAGACCAUGAGAUGCCUACCAACGUUCAUUUAUAUGGAGCCCCGGAUGAAGGAUGCUCCUUAGUGUACGCUCUCCUUGAUAAGAAAGAAAGGGUCUCACUGCAACAACCCUUUAAAUUAGAACAGAGAGAUUAUGUCACAGAAAAUUAUUCUAAGCUCCUGACUCCCAUCCCCGGAAAGACCGGAGCCAUUCCUAAACAAGCUGCCCAUCCUCCUAGAGGACAGGGGAUGAUUACUCCUAAAGCAGAAUCUCAUCCAUCUACAGCAUUACUGAAACCAGACAACCCUGAAGUACGCACCCUGCCUACAGGAGGUAGUGAUGUAUCGGACAUACUACAGAAACUCUCAGAAGCCAUAGUGACGGCAAACCACACUCAUAGUUACCGCAAACUAAAGGUGUUUUCUGGGAAUCAGCCUGUUCCUUCAGGAGAAGAGCCUUUUGAGGUCUGGAAGGAUAAUGCUAUGCAGUUGUUGGAGGAAUGGUCUUGUACGGAUACCAUAAAGAAACAGCGGUUGGUGGAGAGUCUCCGUUUUCCCGCUACAGACAUGAUAAGACUGUACAAGGGAGUAAAUGGGCAAGCUACUGUGCACGACUAUCUACAAGUUUUACAGGAUGCUUAUGGGAGAUCAGAAGAUUUGGAUGAUCUGUUGGUUAAGUUCCUAGCCACUAAGCAGAAGGAGCAUGAAAAAGCCACUGACUAUAUCAACCGGUUACAGCUAUCGCUUGGAAAGUUAUUCCAUAAAGGAGCAGUCACUGCCUCUGAGUUGGAUGCUCGGCUAUCUAAGCAAAUUCAGAGAGGUGGUUUGACCAAUAAUCCAGUUAUGAUUCUGCUGAGAGCCAAGUUGGAUGAUAAAGUUCUGCCUUAUUCCACAUUAAUAAAUACAGCCAGGAGAUUGGAAGAUCAGACGUGCCCACCCCUACAGAAGGAGAAAGAGGAUACAGAACUGUCAGCUCUUAGGAAGAAGGUGGCUGAAUUGGAGCUCUUAUGCAAAUCACCACCAGAGAGAGCAGAUCCUCCCCCUGGAAGUGGGGGGCAACACAGGAAGACUCAGAAAAAACUGUUUCCUGAGGAUUCACCCCGCCGAGGGGACUGCUUUAAAUGUGGAAAGUCAGGGUAUUUUCAGCGGGAGUGCCCUGCGAAUUCCAUGGAGGUGGAUGUGGAGGUGCUGGCAACCGAGCUUGAGGAGACUCAAAUGACCAGGUCUUACAAGCGACGGAAGACCCGGCCUACAUAUAGUUUAUCUGUAGGGGCCAAGAUUGGGCCAAAAUCUUUGAUACACGUGCAAGUAGAAGGAAUUCAUGCUUCAGCAUUACUAGAUACAGGUUCUCAAGUCACCAUUAUCUACAGAGACUUCUAUGAACGUCAUUUGAAACACAUUCCUAUGGAACCUGCAAGAGAGAUUCAGCUAUGGGGCUUUGGGUCUCAAGCUCAACCUGUGGAGGGAUGCAUAAAAGUGACCAUAACUAUUCCCCAGUUAAACACCGGGAUGAUAUGUCCUAUGGAGCUGGAAGUUUUGAUAUGCCCUGCAGCCAAGAAAGUGUGUGCCCCAAUAAUAUUGGGUACUAAUGCAAAGAUGGUACAGGAUGUAUUCAAGGCCUAUCUGACCGAAGUGGGAGACUGUCUCCUUAGACCGAUUGAUGGAGGAACAGAAUCCGCAUUUGUGAAGCCUGGUGAGACCAAAACCUUACGAGCCAUAGCCUCAAUGCACCAUGAAAUGUUGGGGGGAACUGGACAAUACCUUAUUGAGUCUCUGCCUGAAGAGGAUCAGAAGAAGGGGUGGACUCUCAUACCUGAGAAGAUUCUCCUCUACCACAGCAGUGGAAAGACAGCCUUCGUUCAAAACUGGCCACCCGAGAGGGAGUGUUCUCCAGAGCAGAGAUGGACUGUGGGGUGUUCUAAGAGUGCCACCCAUGCUAUAAGACUUGCUGAUCCUACUCCUUUCAGAGAAAGGUCAAGAAGAAUACCCCCUCGAGAUGUGGAAGAUGUCCGGGACAUACUCCAGCAGAUGGAAGGAGCAGGCAUCAUCACAGAGUCCCGGAGCCCCUAUGCCUCACCUAUUGUGGUAGUGAGGAAAAAGAAUGGUUCAGUUCGGCUAUGUGUGGACUACCGUACUCUGAACAAGAGGACUGUGCCAGAUCAGUACACUUUGCCCCGGAUAGAGGAUCUUCUGAACGCCCUAUCUGGCAGCCAGUGGUUCAGUGUGCUUGACUUGAGGUCUGGAUAUUAUCAGGUACCCAUGAAGAAGGAGGAUCAGGAAAAGACAGCGUUCAUCUGCCCUUUGGGGUUCUUCCAGUUUACCAGAAUGCCACAGGGAGUCACAGGAGCUCCUGCUACUUUUCAGAGGCUGAUGGAGAAAACUGUGGGGGAUAUGAAUCCCAAAGAGUGUCUAGUGUAUCUAGAUGACCUAAUUGUCUUCGGGAAGACACCAGAGGAGCAUGAACAAAGAUUGCUAAAGGUGUUGGAUCGACUUCAAGCUGAAGGCCUGAAGCUAUCAGUGGACAAAUGCCGAUUUGCCCAGAACUCUGUCACUUAUGUGGGGCACAUAGUCUCCGCUGAAGGAGUAGCCACAGAUCCUGCUAAAAUUGAAGCAGUGUUGAAUUGGCCAAGACCAAAUAACAUCAGUGAGUUGCGGUCCUUUCUCGGAUUCUGUGGUUACUACCGAAGGUUCGUGAAAGACUACUCAAAGAUUGCUCGAGAGUUACAUGACCUACUGAAGAUUACCUCUGACGUAAAGGGUGCUAAGAAAUGGACUUCAGGAUGUGAAGAUGCCUUUCUGACAUUGAAGAAGAGACUUACAGAAGCUCCUGUCUUAGCCUAUGCAGACCCUGAGAAACCAUAUAUCCUCCAUGUGGAUGCCAGUAUGGAAGGCCUAGGGGGUGUACUGCACCAAAGUUAUCCAGAAGGAUUGAGGCCGGUGGCUUACAUAAGUAGAAGUCUUACAGGUGCAGAGAAGAACUAUCCAGUCCAUAAAUUGGAGUUUCUGGCACUCAAGUGGGCCAUCGUGGAUAAGCUGCAUGACUAUUUGUAUGGAGCAACAUUCGAAGUAAGGACUGACAACAAUCCACUUACCUACAUCCAGACUACAGCUAAGCUGGAUGCCACUGAUCAAGGUAGAGACUUUGAGAGUAAGUUGAUCAAGGAGCUGUUGGACAUGUUGCAGGUGCAGAAGUCCAGAACCACACCUUAUCAUCCGGAGGGUGAUGCACAGCCAGAACGGUUCAAUAGGACCCUCCUAGAUAUGCUAGGGACUCUCAAGCAAGUCGAGAAGCGGUCUUGGAGUAAACAUGUGGAAGCCAUGGUCCACGCAUACAACUGUACAAGGCAUGAAUCUACAGGGUUCUCACCCUAUUUCCUAAUGUUCGGAAGAGAAGCUCGAUUGCCGAUAGAUGUCCGUUUGGGAGUGUCUCCUGAUGGAACAGAUUCAACUUCACACUUUCAAUAUGUGAGGAACCUCAAACAAAACCUUCAUCGGGCCUAUGAGUUGGCUACCCAAGCUGCAGCAAAAAUGGAAGAACGGAACAAAAGAAGGUAUGAUUCUAAGGUGAGAUAUCGGGAGAUUCAAGCAGGGGAUAAAGUUCUUCUCCGGAAUCUAGGUGUGCCUGGAAAACACAAACUGGCUGACAGAUGGAAAGAUACCCUGUUUGAGGUUGUGUCCAAACUGGAAGGACUGCCAGUGUACAACAUUAGGGGCCCGGAGGGCCGAAUAAAGGCUUGGCAUAGAAACCAUCUGCUUCCAGUUGUGUAUGCUGAUGAAGAGGAAGAGAGUAGUGAAGAACUGGAGGAAAACCCAGCAGAGAGUCCUGGAAAUGGGACAGAGGAGACCCCGGGAACUCCCAGUGCAGAGGAUCAGUGGUGGUCAUCACCCGCAGAAGAAACACAGCAAUUGCCUCCUUUAACUCCUGUGGUUUCACAAAGUCCCGGAACCUCUCCUGGGUCACAAAGUUCUCCAAGGUUGAAUCCAGAAAGUCCAUGUUUUGUGCCUGGAACUUCCCUUAGAGACUCUACUUCGAGGGCAGGAGUCGAAGUUCCACAGUUGAUGUCCCAAGAUCCUCUCCCACAGCGAGAACUGAGACACAGCACCAGAGUGCGGCAACCCCCUAGGGCCCUAGUUUAUGAUAAUAUAGGAGAGCCCAGUUAUGCCCCGCUGACACAAGCAGCAUCUAAAAUGGCCACUUUCCUACAUGCACUAGCUGAAGUGGUAAAUGUUAGUGACUCUUUACCCUAG